AAGUUCACUUCGAGCGUGGCUUUCAACGUGGUCAGUUGCUUUUUAAAUUUGACGGGCUUUUCGUGCGCGCGCAAUGAAUCAAGCACCAGUUUCGUGCCUUCCAAACACAAGCAAAAUGUCUAAGGCUAAAAAGGUUUUAGACGAAGCUCGGGAAAUAAGAAAUCUCGAAAUUGAUUUGGCCGAUAAGGCCAUUUCUUCGUUCGAAGAAACACCAGGUUUACUUAAUAUGACUUACAUUACCAGGCUUACGCUAAGCCACAACAAGAUCAAAUCCGUACCGCCGGCUCUUGCAAACUUGACGAACCUCGAAAUUUUGAACUUAACAAACAACCACAUUGAGGAACUCCCCCUUUCUUUAUCAUCAAUGCCAAAGUUACGAAUUCUCAACUUGGCAAUCAAUCGUCUUUAUAAUCUUCCUCGCGGCUUUGGCGCCUUUCCAGUUCUUGAAGUUCUCGAUCUGACUUACAACAAUUUGAACGAAAAAUCACUCCCAGGAAAUUUCUUCAUGAUGGAAACGUUACGAGCCCUGUAUUUGGGCGACAACGACUUUGAGUACCUACCUCCCGAGGUGAAAAAUCUCAAAAACUUGCAGAUUUUGGUUUUGAGGGAAAACGAUUUGAUUGAGUUACCAAGAGAGUUGGGGGAGCUGACGAGACUGCGUGAGCUCCAUGUGCAAGGAAAUCGCCUCACGAUACUGCCCCCUGAACUCGGGAAUCUCGACAUGACGUCGAAUAAGUCUGUUUUUAGGUUUGAAGGCAAUGAAUGGGUGGCUCCUAUCGCGGAUCAGUUGCAACUAGGAGUCGGGCAUUUGAUGGAAUAUUUGCGCUCAGAGGCUUACAGAAUAACGUACAAUCGCUACUCGACUAAUAAACCACAAGUUCCACCACCUUGCGUCGACAAAGCGAAAAAAAUAUCGCGAAUACGUUGAACUCGUGCCUUUUUUUACCUAAUUAAUUGACUAAUUAACUAAAACGAAAAAUACUGCCAUUAUACUAAUUACGUUUUUUUUUAUUUGAUUUUUGUGGCCUUGGAUGUACCAGCUUUAAGUAAAAAUUAAUUGUAUUUUACAGUUUUUACAAUAAUGCAAAUAAGUAAAUAAAUAAUUAACGAAA